AUGACAACACUUAUUGAUCGAUUCAAGCUGCCCCCAUUCCGCAACGGGGCUGCCCUGCUAAACUUAACCCUCGCCACACUACAGCACAAGGACACCUGGGCAAGCACCAAAUUAUGCAUCACUUUCGGAGAGGGGGCCAGAACAUUAAAUCCGAUGUUCAGGGUCAGUCAUGCUGGCGCAAAAGGCUUUGGUGUCUUCGCGACGCGCCAGAUUGCCCGUGGCACUCGCAUUCUCGCUGAAAGACCUCUGCUCACAAUCACCAACAAAGACUCGAGUAUACUCGCAGCCGCGAGCCGUCUCAGUCUACAGGAUCUGCACAGCCUCUUGAGUCUUUCCAUGAACGGUGCCAAGCGCAACUCAUUAACUCGUCUUGCUGCCGCAGCCUGGGGGUCACUCCGUUCCCUCACGUCCGUCACCCGGAAUAGGGAUAUUCUGAACAUCUUCUACAACAACAACUUCCUUCUAGCAGGCUCAAGCGGCAAGCGAGCCAUUUUCCUGACAGUCGCGCGUUUGAACCACUCCUGCGUCCCGAAUGCACAGGGCAAUGUCAACACGGCUCUUCCCGGUAGCCAGUUCACGAUACACGCUCUCAGAGACAUUGCAGACGGGGAGGAGAUCACCAUUUCGUAUCUUCACGAUGAGCUAGCCAUGCGCACCGAGCGGCAAAAGAGACUCAACGAGGACUAUGGCUUUGAAUGUGCUUGUGAUAUAUGCAGCACCGACGCCUCAGGAGUAAAGACCAGAGAGAGCGACCAGCGGCGUCUGAAGGUCCAAGAAAUGCUGGCUGCGUUUUCUGAGCAGCAGGAAUCUCCUGGCGGUACUUCUCGCGAGCUCACAUUGACAAGAGCUCUUAUUGAGACGUAUGAGCAAGAAGGCCUAUCGGGCAGGGAGCUCGCCUCUCUUUAUUUCGCAGCAGCUGGCCUGGCCAUAAACGUAGGACACGACAAAGAGGCUUUGGCGCUGGGAGCCAAGGGGUUACAGAUCGAGGAGGAAGCCGUUGGACUGGACAGCCCGUUAUACCUCGCUAGUCUAUCGGCAGUAAAGCAGGGACAUUUUGGAGGAAAGAAAUGGACCAAACAUACGCCUAAUCCGUCUAUAGAACCCGCAGGGUUGUCAUAUGAGCCCUGGAUAUGA